AUGAGGGCCGCGGGGCCGAUCCUCGCCCUCCUCGUCGCGCUGACGGUCCUCGGGGUACCCGCCGGGACGGGGGCGCGCGCCAUCGAGGAGGCCCUUGACGAGUAUCCGGACUACGAGUAUCAGAGGACUACAUCGAAACGAGCAGCCCUUCUACUCGAUAGGCUAUUGGUUGCUUUGCAAAAGGCUGUUGAGAACAAUGAAUUAGAAAAGGGAGGAUCUAAGCCAUUCGUGAGAUCACUACCAGAAAUCUCGGAAAUGCCCGAUUCGCCAAGGAUGCAUCUCUCUGAUGAAAAGAUAAUGGAUCUUCAACGUCGAGGUCAAGCGAAAGGUCGCAUUUAUUGGCGCUGUUAUUUCAACGCUGUUACUUGCUUCAAAAGAAAAUGAUUAUAAUUAAAAAAGCAGUGAUAAAAUAAUCUUUAUUGUUAUGAUUUAAAUGAAAAUUGUCAUCGAUCAUAUUAAACAUACAAAAAUUCCAAAUAUAAGAUUUUUUCUAUUUA